UUUCGUUUUAGUUUAUAUUUUUAGCCGAAAUGACGUGGUGUUCGACGAAAAGAAUAAAUAACGAAAGAACUGCGGCAGUGUUAUUGCAAUAGAAUAGAUGGGCGUGUGUCAAUGCGAGCUGUUGCCGUGUAGAAAAGUGAAUUUUAAUUAAAAUUAAUCAAUUAAUAAUAAAAGAAACCACACAAAAAAGCUAAGUGCCAAACAUGUUAGACCACUUGAAUGACGAUUGCUUGUGCGAGAUAUUCCAAUAUCUAAGUGUCAAAGAACAGCUGAUUUUGACAACUGUGAACGAACGCUUACGCGACCUCAUCGUUGAGAAUUUUUGGCGCAAAAAAUACAACAAAUUCACCACAACCGGCGAUACGAGCUAUGACGAACUCAACUUGGACGAAUUUCGAAAAUUCUACCGUUACAUUGUGCCGCACAUAAAAGAGUUAACGGUACAUACAACAGCUGGUGUGACAUUCACUAGUUAUUUGGGACGUUUUACACGACGACCCGAUCUCGAUUUCUACUUGCAUUUCGAGUAUCCCACCUUACGUGUUCUACGUUGUUACGAUCAACAAUUCCAUAGUGGUCAUCUGUCGAUUUUACGUCGUAAAUGUCCACACAUCGAAGUAUUGCGACUACAUAGCGCCUAUGUGGGUGGUGAACAUUUGGCGAGCUUCCACAACUUAAGUGAACUCUACUUGAGUAGCAGUAAAUUGGAUGCGAAGUAUGUAGCUGAGCUUUUAGCACAACGUAAACUUCGACGUCUGCAUUUAACGGGUAAUACGUGUGUGAAACGUGAUAUGGAUGUUGUGUUGCAGCAUGUCUUUCCGCACAUAACCGAGUUGCGUUACUAUGAUGAGGAGGCCCAUAUAGUGACAGAAAAUGUGUUCGAUACAUCCGCAGAGACGCUUGUGAAUUUGGAAAAGUUAUAUUGUAAAUAUUUAAAGGAUUUUGUCUACACUUUACGUACAUUACGGGAAUUAUAUUUUGAAAGUCAUUUGAAGGUCGUUGAUCUGUUAAAACUAAUCGAAAAUAAUGUACAGCUGGAAAAUCUCUACAUGGGCACGUUGAAUGAGAACUUCUUCGCAAAAGCGCCCGAGUGGUUAUGUGGUCUAAUGGAAUACCUGCGUGCGCAGCAAGAGCGCAAGGUUGCUCUUAGUAUAUACAUAAAUAUGUCGCAGCGUAUCGUGCAGAAUAUGCGGCAAUUCGUGAUGGAUUAUGAUCUGCAUCAUGGCUAUCUAGUACCAGUGCUAAAAAUCCAAAAACUGUCUGUCGAUAUAUCCAUAUCUCCGAUGCUGUUCAAUAAAACCGGUAUUGAGUUGGCGUUCAAAUGGAGUUGAUGUUAAGCUAUUUUUCUGAAGAUUUAAAAAAAAAAUUGAAAAAUUUCUAUUGAAAGCCCAAAUUUAUAACGUUUACUUUGAGUAUUUCGGCUAUAAUCGCUUAAAGCGGUUCCUACGCCAAAUAUAUAUAUAUAUAUAUACUUUGAGUAUUUAGUAAAGCAAUGUUUGUACAAGUUUAAGUAGUUCCAAAGAAGUGAGAAAGUCAGAGAGAAAUCUUGCUUUCCAUAUUUACAUUAUUGCAUUUAAAGGCAUACAAUUGUUGCGCUUAAGAUUAAUAAAAAAGUUCAAAAAAUUAUAUUAAAAUACUUGUUACAUUUAUGUAAAUAGUUAAUUAAAGUAUAGAAUAAAGAAAUUUUGAUUGAACUUAGAA